AUGUCAUUUCGUUUACAUUUGAAACGAUUAUUAUUCUCAAUACUUUAUUAUCGAAAAAGUCGAUUACGACGAUUGGUACUUGUCUUUGGAAUUCUUAGUUGCGUUUGUAUUUUCUAUUCAAUUCAAAAGAAAGGAAAUUGUUUACUUGAAUAUUAUCGUUCGCGAUUAUUCUGUUUUGUCUUAACAAAUCAAGAAAAUUUAGAAACACGUGCACGAGCAACAUAUGAAACAUGGGGCCAUCGAUGUGGACGAUUUGUUUUAAUCACUCGAUUGAAUUCUUCGCGUUCGUAUACAAUAUUUGAUGAUGAACAAAUACAUCUUGAAGAGAAUCAAUUGCCUAUUCAAUAUAUUCCAACAUUACCCAAUGAAACUUAUUCACAUUUAGCAGAUAAAGUUCGACAAUCGCUUCUAUUUUUCAAUGAAAUUUAUCCCAAUUAUGAUUGGUAUCUGAAAGCUGAUGAUGAUACUUAUAUCAUUGUAGAAAAUCUCCUUCGAUUUUUGAUUAGUACAAUCAAACGAUAUCCAAAGCCAAUUCUAUAUGGAUAUCGUUUUCGUGAAGAUUAUUAUGUAAGUGGUGGAAGUGGAUAUGUGAUAACACGUGAUGGUCUUCAAUUAUUCAGUUCAUAUAUGAAUGAUGAUGUCAAAUAUUCAAUGUGUAAUUCAUCGAUGGAAGAUAUGAUGGUGGGAUUAUGUUUACAAAGAAUAUUUGAUUUUGCACCAUCAGAUCAAACGCAACAUUAUCGAUAUGUUGGAGAUACAAUUGAUCAACAUGGAAGAGAAAGAUUUCAUCCAUUAACGUUUCGUGUUCAUUUUAAAGGACCUACGAAUAAAACCAAAAGAGAAUGGAUUCAUUUUCGACCGUAUCAUCAUAAUUUAUUUGGUUACGAAGCAUUUAGUGAAACAACAAUUAGUUUUCAUUACACACCACCUGCUGAUAUGUAUGAAAUGGAUUCGUUUCUUUAUGAUAUCCGACAAUUUGAUAAACAAGUUUGUCGUGCAAGUGUUUAA